GAUGAGGGCAUUCGUUGAUGUCUUGUGGAGGUUUUCUUUUCUCCGGUGGAAUCUGCUUCCUUGUCCAUAUAAGACAAGGCAUCUUGGCUAAUGGCCGGCUUAACCAUCACGAGAAAAGGACCUACUGUCCUUGAGUCAUGGGUCAGUUGGUCUAGUUGGAGUCUUACAACAAUGUAUGCAAAUGCAAUUUAUACAGAUGGAUGAGCUAAAUGCAAUGGCCGUUUAGCGGGUUGUUGAACCAGUGAUAAUGAGGCAACAAAUCAGGUGGCUUUCGGAUUUCCACAAUGCAAUUGCUCCUCAAUCCUCAUGCGGUCAUGCCAUGGAAGAUGUUCAUGUCUUGUCCUCCCUCUCUGUCUCUGUCGUAACGAAGGAAUCACUAUUUAAAAUCAGUUAAAUGGCAAAUUCAAAAUGUGCCAACUAGAUUUUCCCAUGUUGGCAGCUUCCCUGCCCCGAAUAAUCAUGCAAGUGCACACAAACGGGCACAGCAGAAAGUACCAGAGCGAAGAGAAUGGUCUGCAAGAAGAAGACCGAACCGACUGAGGAACACCACAACGCCGUUAGAGGCGAAGCUGCAGCGGCGAAGGCUGUGGCCGAAGUGGUGGAGCAAGAAGGGGAAGAAAACGAGGAGGAGGAGGGAGAAAGAGAAGCUGGAGUGGGAAAAGAGCGCCCCAAGCUUGAUGAUGGCUUUUACGAGAUUGAAGACGUCAGGGGGAAAAGGGUUCGCAAGGGUCAAACCCAGUAUCUGAUCAAAUGGCGUGGUUGGCCGGAGACUGCCAACACGUGGGAACCCUUUGAGAACCUGGUACAGUGUUCUGACGUCAUUGAAGCAUUUGAAGACAGCCUGCGUGUGAGCAAGAGUCGGUGUUCUCGCAAGCGUAAACGGAAGUCUGGAGGUUUCCACACUCAAACGAAGAAGAAGCAGCGUGUAGCUACAGGUUUACAGGUUCUUAAAUUCGGUGAUAAACCUCUUCCCUCUGCUCCUUCAGACAAUUCAAGCCUUGUCAGUCCUGCUGCUACUGCUGAUGGAGCAGAAAUGGGCAAAGCAACCCAGGGUAAUCAUUCGAAUAAGCGAGGAGAUGUUGUGAGUGUUGAGGGGAUUGAACACCUUGCUGAAAAUAGAUCUGUAAACAUCUCUAUGGAACGUAAACCAAACAAUCAAGCAAAUGAAGCUGAUCCCAGGGUGAGUGAGCUAAAAGCAAUGACGCCUAAUAAUGGAGGAAAUGAUGAGAAAUUUUCAACAAGUUUCCCUGAUGCCAAGAUUUCAGAAGAUGGUCCUACUAAUGGAAUUUCAAAGGUUGAGAGUAUGGAACCUGCUCAGAGCAGUCUCCUAACGGGUGCCAAGAAGAGGAAGUCUGGAUGUGUGAGAAGGUUUAAACAGGAUUUGGCCUCAGGUGGACCCGGCAAUGGUGAAAAUCCAUUUGUGAGAAGCACUAUUGAACAUCGCAAUAGAAUUGGCCCAGUGGGUAUAGAUGAUGCUGAGUCCAAUGGAGAUAAUAUGUGUAACAAGAACAAGUUGGAUGACUCCACAAAUCCAUAUUCUAUUACCAAGAUUGUUAAGCCUAUAGGGUAUUCAGCUAACAUAUUGAACAAUGUCCAAGAUGUCACAGUUACUUUCCUGGCAGUCAGGUCUGAUGGUAAAGAAGUGGUGGUGGAUAGCAAAUUUCUAAAGACUAAUAAUCCUCUUCUGUUAAUAAGCUUCUAUGAGCAACAUCUCCACUAUACUUCUACAUGAGAAAAUAUAUUUGCAAGGAUUGAAUGGAUAGAGGCUGAAAUUUCUUCUGAUAUAAGGCCAUGGCAGAUUGUUGAUUGACGGUUAGUCUUGAUCUCCAGCAUUGUCAGUUUGGUAAAACCCAAACUUGAUCCUUCAUUUGCAUGCUGUCUAUAUAGUUGCAGGACAUCUGAUGGAGUACAGAAGCGCUCUAUUGGUUUUCAGGGCACAAUGAAAAUAGUCUUUCAGCAGGACAAACUUUGGUCAUUCACACUAACGCCUUUUAAUGUGCUUCCUGCAAUACUGGUUCAUCAUUCAAGUCUUAUUGUUCAGAACUUUGAUCAAACUUGUACUAGUUUCACCAGUGAUAAACUUCAUCCCUGGUGGGCUAUGUUUGUGUCAAUAUAUGUAUUUUAAAGCUUUUGUCUUCAUAUAUUCUAUGAUUGAAUAUUCCAAUCAAAGUGGGUGUAAAUUUAUAGUAGACUCAUGAGUCUCAACUGUUUUUAGACUUGAUCACCAUUCUCAACUAUGUUUUGCAUUUGAAAUGUAGUCUCAAGGAACUUGAAUCAUGUUGCUUUAGGAGUGCAAUUGCCAUUUAGGA